AUGUCCGAGAGUAACGGAAGUACGCGGCUAGCUUAUAUUCUGGGUGUGCCCCUAACAGAUAACUGCGAACGGCAAUGGCCACAAAUGAACGAGGUAGUAAAGAGUCGUGAGCUUAUCGCAGCGGUUGAGGGUAACUUCCCUGAGCUUACGCUCGAGGUUGGCCGGCGUCUAUAUUUGAACGAUGAUGUUGUUGUUGUCGAAUGGUCUUGCAACUAUGGUGAUGGUCGCAUGUUCCGUAACGUCACUAUUGGUGAGCUGCGUAAUGGGGAAGCCUAUCGGGUCACCGACUAUUGGGGGGAGCCAACAACUACUCCAACCUGGCGCAAGGAACGCACAGCUCGACUCGAUAUGCCCCCCAAUGGUAUCUGGAAGGAUGCCAAUAAUGUCAAGCAUCACUAG